UUCGGAUCAAACUAGCAAGCCCAACAUUGAUUAUUGUUAUGUUUUAGAAUUUAAAAUGGACGUGAAUGAUGAUAUAAAGAAGUUAACCCAGCAAUGGCUGGACUGGGAUAAGAACGAAAGUUCUAAAUCUCAAAUAGAAAAUAUUUAUAAACUUGAAGAUUGGGUUGAACUGAGGAAGAUUAUGAUGAAGAGACUUGAGUUUGGUACAGCAGGGAUCAGGGGUAGGAUGGGCCCAGGGUUCGGUCAAAUGAACGAUCUUGUCAUAAUUCAAGUUACCCAGGGACUCAGGUCCUAUCUUCAAAAAACAGAUUUGGAAAUUAAAACCAAGGGGAUUGUGUUUGGUUACGAUGGCCGGCACAAUUCUCGUCGAUGGGCCACACUUUCGGCCGGGGUCUUUCUACGAGAAAACAUUCCUGUUUAUCUGUUCAAUACAACUACUCCUACUCCAUUUAUUCCCUUUACUAUCACCAAACUAGGAUGCUCUGCUGGUGUUAUGGUGACUGCAAGCCAUAAUCCCAAAUGGGACAACGGAUAUAAAGUUUACUGGAGUAACGGGGCCCAGAUAUUGUCUCCCAUAGAUAAACAUAUUCAGGAGGAGAUCCUCUUAAACCUGAAACCGGAGGAGAACGCUUUCACCGAACCUGCUGAUGAUCAUCAUCUACUCCGGGAUCCAAUGGAUCAGGUCUACGAUCCCUACUUUGAUGUGAUCAAGAACGGCGUAUACAACCUGGAGAGAAAUAGUAACCUUGAUAUUCCAAUAGUUUACACUGCUAUGCAUGGUGUAGGUGACCCUUAUGUUCAUCAAGCUUGGAAAUCUGCAGGAUUUAAGGAGACAACAUUGCAUUCUGUAGAGGAGCAAUCUGAUCCAGAUCCUGAGUUUUCUACGGUUGAUUUCCCAAACCCUGAAGAGGGAGCUAGCGCUCUGGACCUAUCCUUCCAGAAGGCGAACAGAAUUGGUGCAAAGUAUAUCCUGGCGAAUGACCCCGACGCUGACCGGCUCGGAGUUGCGCAGAAGACCGAAGAUGGUUGGAAGAUUUUGUCUGGAAAUGAGUUAGGAGCAUUGUUUGGGUGGUGGAUUAUUACUAAUUACAAGGAAAAGAACCCGAAUGCUGACAUGUCCAAGGUCCACUGCAUGGCCUCCACGGUGUCCUCCAAGGUACUGCACACGAUCUGCCAGGCAGAGGGCGCUGUGUUUACUGAGACCCUGACUGGGUUCAAGCAUAUGGGGAACAAAGCCCACAAAGUCAUGGUGGAGGGGGAAACCGUUCUCUUUGCUUUCGAGGAGGCUAUAGGAUUCAUGUGCGGUAGUGCAGUGUUGGAUAAGGAUGGAGUAUCUGCUGCUGCAGUAAUGGGUCAGCUGAUCGCCUACUUGGAACCCCAGAAAUUGACUCUACUCGACCAGCUGGAGACUAUCUAUAUCAAUUACGGGUAUCAUUGUACCCUGAACAGCUACUACCUGUGUUAUGAACCUCCCACUACUGACAAGAUAUUUAAGAGAAUCCGGGAGUUUAAAUCUCUUCCGAACACGUAUCCUGAGGAGCUGGGAGGAGUCAAGGUGACCAAUGUUCGAGAUUUAACAACAGGGUUCGAUUCAAAGCAACCUGACCAGCGAGCUAUUCUUCCUACAUCAAGGUCUAGUCACAUGAUCACAUUCUGGUUGGAGAACGGAAUAGUUAUUACUCUGAGAACCUCAGGAACUGAACCUAAGCUCAAGUACUACACGGAGUACUGCGCCAAGCCAGGACAACCUAAGGAGUCGUGGAUCGAGUUGGAGGAAGAAUUGAUUAGGAUUGUCCAGGAUACGGUUGAAUCACUUCUUCAACCUGCAGUACACCAUCUCAAACCUAAACCUAAUUAAUCUCUCAAUAUUCUUGCUUUUCUUAUAAACGUUAGGGAUAGUAUUUACUGUACUGUGAUUAUUGGGGCGGGAUGUAAACAAACACAUUACUGUACUAUUGGUAUUAAUGCCAUUUUGUCAAAUUAUUUUCUCAAAGAACUUUGAUCUUUAUGCAAUUACUUAGAUCUGAUGAACUGUAGUCAAUAUAGUCAUAUUUUAUUUUUUAUAUUUUUAUAUGUAUAAUUCGCGUGUUUUGCGGGAAAUCUUUAUCUAGUCUGCAGAUAUCAUUUAUAUGGCAUGUAAGGAAUUUUUUCUAUAAAUUUAGCGGACUUCGUUGGUUUUGGGUAAAUAUCUUGCCAGAAAAAAGGUUAUAUUGUUCAACAUUUCAACUUGGAGAGGUUCAACGUAAUAAUAAUAAAGAAUUUCACAUGUUUCCUUGAUCAAUACAACCCAAUAUCUGAUAAAUAGAAUCUCGCCUAUUUUUCUUAAAUAAUGUUUAAUUUCAGA